AUGGCGGUACCCGCUCGCUUGGUUUGGGCCGCUCUGGGCAAAACCGUGGAGCUGCCCUGCGACUUGACGCCUCCCACGCCACAGGACUCCGUGAAACUGCUUCUUUGGUUCAAGGACACGACUGGCAUUCCGCUGUACAGCCUCGACUCGCGAGGUGGAAACGUGAAGCUGGCACCCCACGCAGCCAUAGCUAGCGAUCUGGGCCAGCGCCUGUUCUUCAGCAUAGGCGAUAAUCCGAAGGACUCUCGCCUCCAGAUCAACGAUGUCAAGCCGGAGGACGGCGGCGUCUACCGAUGUCGCAUCGACUUCUUCAACUCCCCGACUCGUAACUUCCGGCACAACCUGACUUUAGUCGUGCCACCCGAGGAACCUCGCAUUUUUGAUGCCCAGGGCAAGGAAAUAGCGCAAAUGGCAGGUCCUUUUCGCGAGGGCUAUGAGCUCUUUCUCUGCUGCCAAGUUAAAGGAGGACGUCCCCCGCCGAAGGUCACCUGGUGGCGCGACGACACCGAGCUAAUCGGCACCAGUCACACCUCCGUGGAGGAGGGAGCCACAGUGAUGGUUAAUCAGCUGCUGAUUGGAACCACCACCCGCGACUUCUUUGGAACGCGCAUCGAGUGUCGGGCGCAGGGCACGCGUCUGGUGGAUCCUGUUCGCAAGGAUGUCACGGUGCAGGUUCACUUAAAACCUAUUCGCGUUAAGAUUGCAACUCCUAAUGACUUGCUAACUGCUGGUCAUCCGGUGCCCAUUCGUUGCGAGUCCUGGGGCUCAUAUCCUGCGGCAAAGAUCACCUGGCUGCUCGAUGGGGAGCCCAUCCGGAAUGCCGAGGUCACCGUGCACAGUGACAAGGAGGAUGGAAAUAUCACAACGAGCAUCCUGACGCUGAAGGUAACUGCGGAGAACGAUAAUGCCGAGCUGACGUGUCGCGCCACGAAUCCUUGGUUCUCCGGUGGCGCCAUCGAGGACAAGCGCAUCAUUCGAGUGGCAUAUCCACCCACCGUGUCGGUGCACUUGGCCAACGAGGAUCCCAGCCGGUUGGUGACGCGGGCCGAGGGCCAGAAUGUCACUUUCAAGUGCCGGGCAGAUGCCAGACCUCCGGUUACCAGCUAUGCCUGGUUCAAGAAUGGCAUGCGUAUGUCGGGCGAGGGCUCGGAAAUAAUGCAUUUGACGCAGCUGGAGAGGGAAAGUGCGGGGGCGUACGCCUGCGGAGCUUCAAACUCGGAGGGCGAAACAAGGAGCUCCAGCCUGACUCUGAAAGUGCAGUUCUCGCCACGCUGUAAGUCGGGCACCGAGCAAACAUCCAUUGGAGCCGUCAGCCUGCACUCGAUUCUGGUUAAAUGCGAGGUGGAUGCCGAUCCGCCGGACUCUGUCCGGUUCAGCUGGACGUACAACAACACCCGCAACGUGUCGCCGGUGCUCAACUCGAGGAUUCAGUCGAACGGACUGGCCAGCACAGUGACGUACCUGCCGCAGUCGGACUCCGAGUUAAUAACACUGGCCUGCUGGGCCAGCAACACCGUUGGCCGCCAGACGACGCCCUGCCUGGUGCACAUUCUGCCUGCAAAUACCCCGGAGGCGCCAAAGGCCUGCGAACUGCGCAACGACACCGUCCUGGAGGUGGUCUGUGUGGCGGGCAGCGACGGAGGACUGACCCAAUACUUCAUGCUGGAGGUGGUGGGCGGGGAUUUGCUCUACUCUAACGAUCCGGGCACGGGUCAGAACCGAGGACAAUUCGGCGAGGCCGUCGGCCUGGGCGAGAACGAGAUAUCCACGCUGAACGAUCAGGCGACAUCUGCACCCAUCUUCCGCAUGCAGGAGAACAGUCCACAGUUUCGUUUGAAUAAUUUAGAGCCGGGACGUGAAUAUCAAUUUUUAGUUUACGCCGUCAACGCCAAAGGGCGCAGCGAGCCGCCGGUGGUGAUUGAGAAUGUGCGCGUGGCCGCCCAACUGGGACCAUAUGAUGAAUCUAUCCUGUCGGAGGACCCAACGCCCGCAGAAACGACGCACCACGUGGGCGGUGGUGGAGCGGGCGGCGGGGUCGGUAACGGCGGCGUGGGGACCGGCGCCAGUACCGGCAGCGGACCGGAGAAGCAGUCGACGCUGCUGAUUCUAGCCGCCACCGUGGUGAUAGGCGCCGUCGUGGUGACGUCAAUUAUCGUGGCCGGCAUCGUAGUGGUCUGCCGGCACAGGCCGCGGCCACCUGAGCCGCAGGAGGUGCGCAAGAGCAUGAGGCCUGCGCGCAAUGAUGUGCCCAGCAUGUACAUAGAGGAGGAUGAGCUGAACGAGCUGGAGGAGGGCGGCGGACGAGCGGCCGAGAUACGGGCCCGGGUUGCCCCGGCCACCGCCCACUUGUGCGGCGGAGGCGGUGGGGGCGGCAUGGUGCCGGGAGUGGGCUCCAGUGGCGGCGCCAUUGUGGGAGUGGCCGGGCCUCAUCACUACAUCUCCGAGAGCUUUAUCCAGUACGCGCAGCCCAGUCUAAACGGCGAUGUGCUGCUACCCCUGCUCGUAACGUCCAGCCAGCCUCGAAACGUCUCGUCCCCCACCGUCUCGAGCGUGGUCUUGGCCCUGGAGCCUCCGGCAUCCCAGGCGACAGCUGCCUGGCCGCCCAAAUGUAUGCAAAGUAAAUUUUAUGUAACUAAAUCUGUGCAGCAGGUCGAACGACAACAGGCCCCACGCACCCAGAUACAGAAACAGAAACAGCACCAGAUACAUUUACUUUUUAAGAAACAGAACCCGAGUCCGACUCCGACUCCGAAUCAGAAUCAGAAACUGGAAAAAGAACAACAGGAGCAACUGCUGCAAAUGCAUUUGCAACUGCAGCUGGGCAGUCAUGUUUAAGCCAAGUUUGCUGUCGAAAUUGGCAGCAGGCGUUAGCAGUUUGGGGGGCUCGUAUGGGGCUUUCAAAUAUUUUUAAUAUCCCCUUCUUGGAGACCAUGCCAUUCCUGCAUCAUUUCACAUUUUAAUUUGUCGUCCAUUUGGCAUCCCAAUUAACUUUGCUUGUUACGUUCAGUCGGACCACACAAUUCCCAGCAUUCACAUGUCCUUUGUAACGUCCUGGUUCUGAUCGGGAGCACGCACUGUCUAUUGCCAGCCUAGCUUAGGGCCAGAGGGAGGGUUCUUGUGCUUCCCCAAAUCAGGGUUACCAAAUAAAAGAAGUCUUCGACAGUGCUAAAUAAAGGGGGUGGCCAAAGUUGUGGGGGAAUAGGGAAUGAGAAUACCAGCUUGGAGAACUCAGGUGUAAUAGAUCUCCUCUUUACCCGCCCUUCCUUGUUGCACCAUUAUCAUUGGGCAACCCAUGUUGCAUUAGCUUGUCUCUGGAAACCCCACUGAAAUAUUUAGACGCGAUUCAUUAUAUCUUCAUUACUUCAAUAUAUUCAACAUGGGCAUUUCAGCGUUUUGUUCAUUAUUCCUAAUAUAAUAACAUUCUAAUCCUAACUCAAUAUUAUUAGUUCAAAGCAAAAACUAUACCGCGAUCUAUCUAAGAAUUUACGUUGUUUGGAAUUUACAAAAUUAAGAAAUUUAAUCUACUCUAUGAUUUUUAAUUGAACUGACUUUACUCCAUCCUUAAUAUUCAUAUGCAUAUAUCUUGUUUAUAUUUCACUCUAAGACAUAUUCUUCAAAUUGUUGCGGCUAUGCCGUACUUACAGCUUGUCCCUCGAGGUCAGCAGGCCUGUCGACUUCCGAUGCAGCUAUAUACAUAUAUAUUCUAAAUCAAAGUCUUACUACAUAAUAAGGUAUAUAUAUAUGUAAAUAUUAAGGGAUGUGGUACAUGAUUAAAUUACGAAGGCAAAAUUUUGGAAAACUUAAAAGUAAUAGAAAUUAACAAUAAUGAUUCAAAAUGCUAUGCCAUUUUACAUUUUCUACAGUGGCAGAGCUAGUUUGGCAAACAAAACUAUGUGCUUCACAAGUUAGCGAUUUUCGUUAUAGAUUCUUAUCUUGGGGAAAUAACGGAUCUAUGGCCGCAGCAUGGUAGAGAGAGCAGACUCCAAUCCUCGAGAGUGUUUAGGCGGGAGAAAAGGGGGGGGGUUGAUUCCAAGCCUCAUGGAAACCUCGUGUUCCUUAUGUAAUAUCAGGGACGUGCAGGGGGGGUGAGUUUUAUAUAACCUCCGUUACAUUUUCUCCAAAUCGAUCCUCUGCAGCAUUAUUUUCUUCUAUCAGCUUGUUAUUCUCUUUCUUCGCUAAUAUACGUUUAUAUAAGCUCGGCCAAAUACCAGGCCACCAUGGCUCUGUGAAAUACACGGUGGUAAGAACCGACACAAGAAUUGCAAUUUUCUUUCUCACCUGAUUUGGCCGAGCCAAAUUGAAGAAUUUAAUCUGCAAAUCUUGAUUGCACUUGAAACACUUGAAACUGGUAUAAGAGUCACAAUAAAUUCACUUGUGAUGUUAAAUAUAUUUCUUGGAGGUCACGUGUGAUUACGUAAUACCACGUGAUUAUCGAGCAGUAACGUAGAAAUCUUUGCUCUUAAUUAACCAACCGCUAAAGUCCAAGUGUCGUUCGAAAGUGAAGCGGGGCUUAUCUUUGAUACCUAACCCAAGCCUACUUGAAUAUGCAUCUUCCAGGGAGCUUUAACGGGUUCAAUUAAUUGCAUGGGAAAGAAAGGGAUGACAAGCAUGCCUUUGUGGAGACCACUGGAAUCUGGACAAUGGGGCGGACUGCAAUUUUUUUUGUCUUAAAACCUGCUCAUAAAAGUCACCCUCACACCUUCAUCUGAUUUCACUCAUUCUUUUUGAGCAUUUGUAAUUAUUUUGGCAUGGCUUUGUUGCGAUGGAUAUUCAAAUGCCACAAAAUGUCCAAAAAUAUCCUUUAUUUGCGGCGUGUGCCCUAUGGAUUCGGUCUCUGGCUGAUUGCAACUCAGCCAACUCAGAUUGUAGAGAUAUUAAAUAAAGCUAAUUGAAGUUUAUGAGAAUCCAUUCGUCUGGCAAAUUGGUGCUAAAAGCAGCAAUGGUUGUGUCGAAGUAAAUAUUAUUUUUGUAAAAGCAUCAAGCUUCAGUCCUCAGUGGCAAAGUCUUUAGUUGUUAGCUUAGUCUUUGUUUUCUUAGAUAUCUGUUUUUAUUUUAGACUUUCCAGACAUACACCAAGAACAAAAGUUAAGAAUAGUUGGAUGUGGUAGCUAAUAAUUUUUUCAAUUCAAAAAAUCAAGUCUAACAUGUGUUCUACAGUCGUUUAUUGAAUCACGUUUCUCCACCAAGCUAGUCUCCAGGACCAGGAAUAAUCUGCCGAUUUCUCAGUGCAUUGACAAGUCUCUAGGAUAUUUUGAAUGUACACAUCUACAUAUUCCAAACCAAAGCUUGCACGACAAACGUACAUAAACAGCAACAAAUUUGCAAAAUAUUCUGCUUUCUAACCCUUCUGGCGCCGCUACCCUCCGUUCUUUGCUCUUUGCCGGCUCUGUUUGCUGAGCGAGCUCAUGCAGAGAGAGAGAAUUGCAUAAAUUUUAAUUAUUUCGAAAGCACUAAAUUAAAACACAAAAAUAAGCACAAAGGCACACAAACAUCAGCAGAGACACAUCAGCAGAGUAGGAGUCGGAGUUCCGACAUGCUGGCAAAUGCAAAUAUUAUUUAAUGGGCAGAUGUGUCGUAUACGUGAUAUUAUUGCUAAAAUAACAUGUGUCCCCGUCUUUUCCUGCGUGUCUCCCCGCGUGUGUGAGUGUGCCGGCUUUGGUGCGUGGGUUCAAAUGUCACAAAUUAGCUAAAUUUGAUUUUGUCAGCGAUUUAAUUUUAUGUUUUCAUUACAUUCUCCCUGUCCUUCCGCCCUUAUGUGACUUUUUUUUUCCGGAACUACUCUCCCGGCAGGCUCUUUAAUUUAUGUUCACUGGGGGCAAGUGACACGACACGACACACAUACUCAUUCGACUGUCACCCCGUCCAAGAGCAGGGUGGGCAUAUUUGUAAUUCCCGCUCCAGUGCUGUUCUCCUAGCCAAGUCAACUGGCUUACAAGACACUAACAAGUGCUGAAGUCACAACAAAGUGCGCCGAAGGAGGCGGGAAAAACUGGUUGAGAGGUAGACAUUUUCGGAUCUGCUAGAAUUUAUAUUUUCGUAUUUCGCUCGUAUUUUCACGAGCUUCCCAUUCAAAAAAACGGUCAAAAUAACUAUCUAAUGGAUAUAAGAAUUAAAUCCAAUUUUUCCAGCAUGUCUUCCGGCUAAAGAGUGGAAGCAAAUUGGGAUAUUAAAUGACGCUGCCUUAGAAUUCACGGGCUUCCAUGAAUUCAUUUGCAGCAAAGUCAAAUUGAAAUGAAAAGGUCCUGGGAACAAAAAAACACUUCUUGCGCUGUAACUCAAGGCAAACAAGUGAGCCACUGUGCACACACAGAAACACGCAUACAAAUUUAUAUUUAUGUACUGCACUGUAGUGUAGCUCAGGCCCCGAAAAGGCACCCGUCCUCAGCUUUACAUCUCGGCUGUUGCCUGUCAUUAGCCGGCAUUUUUAAUUGCAUAUGCCAGUCUCGCGUGCUUCACUGUACAGGUGGCACAGGGGGCACUGGGGUGGAGGCAACUGGGCCCGCGGCUUAGUCAAAUUCGUUUGACUUUUUGUGCCCCGCAGUCAUCUCGACUUGCGUGCGAUAAGGACGACGGUUGGGGGCUGAAAGAAGGCAAGCUUUUUGUGCACAUUUGUUUCAUUUCGUGCUGCUCCAUUCAUUUUGCAGAGCAUCCUUUUUUGUCUCCUAGUUGCUGUUUGUCUUGCUGCGUGAGUGUUGGUGGGUUGGUGGGUGUGAGUGUGUGAGUGAGCCAAGAGUCCUGAGACACAAGCAACGCAGCAGCAUUUGUGUAGCGUUCGUCCUUGCCGAGCGAGGAAUGUGUUUUUUGUGCCUAGCCUAGCCCAAUGUAUGGGUAUUUGGAUUGUAAGUAAUGCGAGUGGGCUGUGCUGGAGUAGGUGGUAUUAGGUUGGUUCGCCGUGGGUUUCGUGUGCACUCCAGCGGCACUCGUCUAAUUAGACAAAGUUGAGACCAAGCCGCACACAACAGCCACUCGAAAUGAGCACACGGCGCCAUUUGCUGCGGUGGCAUUAUCUUAAAGACAACUCCUUAAAGUGCCAGUGCCUGAGCCUUUGCUCUCCCAGUGCCUGAGCCCCGCAUGUGUCUAUCUGGUUUAUGUCCUUACUUUGAUGUUCCUGUCAUUCCGCAAAAAAUACCACAGAAUUUGCUUGGGCUACAUUGUUUAUGUGGCAGCAAAAGGCUCUACGGUGUAAGGACUAGAGUGAACCUGAAAUCUAGAAAUCAGGCAUUACUCAUACGCAGUGUGUGCUACAUUAUUCCAUAUAUUUUGUUAUAUUAUAGAUUUCAUUAGAGCCAUUAUCUGCAAUAAAUAUUACCUAAAACCAAUUAUUCGAUUGGCUAAGAUGUUUUAUGACAAGCUUUCUAAAUGGGUUCCACAAAUUUAUGAUGAAUAUCAAUUAUGGAAGCUUGGCUAUCAUUUAUCAAUGUUAAGUGAUCUUUAUUACCCUUUAGAGGUCCACCCCAGUGUAUUAACAAACACUCGCACACACACGCAGCCACUCCAGCGAAGCCUCAAUGUCAACGCUGUUCAUUCAUUUGUCGCCGUACUUCCGCUUCCUCCCGAGGCUCCCUUAGCAGGUUUUCCUUUUUUGUUGGGCCAUCCAGGCUGGCAACAUUUUUGCGACUUUUGACAUUUUUUAAUGCUGUCAGGCAUGGCGUGAAAGUAAACGUGAAAGGCCACAGCCUCACAGACACAGACUCAGACAUAGCCACACCCACGCAUAGAGGGCAUAGAGUUGCCUUAGUUUGUGCGUCUUUAUGACUCAAAGACGCCACACAAAUGUGACAUAAAAGGCGAUAAUAAUAAAAUAUCACAGGGCGGCCGCCGAGGGUAGCGCAACGUCAAAUAACAAACUGCAAAAUCGUAAACAACAAGCGACGACUGCUUGCGGCAGCCAUCGCUAGAUGGCGCUUAAGAUUCACUUGUACCCAUCCAGCAGUCAACACAAUAAGUCCUCUUCGGACCACAAUAAAAAGGGGCCAACCCACUACCCACCACCCACAUAAAUUCGGGCGAAAUGUGCUAUAAAAAUUAAGAAAUUGUUGAAUUAUUUUACGUUUACGAGCAGUGGAAAGAAUUGGAAUGGGAACGGAGAGUUUUCGGGAAGUCGUGAAUUUUCUAGGAAAAGUGAAUAUUAAUAUUGAAGUGUCGCUGUUGUUCAUGUUUCUGGUUCAGUUUCUGUUUUGUGUUCCGUUGCUGUUGUGAUUCAUAUUGCUGUUUUAUUAGAUGCUAUUUAUUUUCUUAUCAGCGCACAAUUGGUCACGCUUUCGAUAUGUAUUUGCUAAUGGUUCUCUUUUCUUUUCGCCGCUCAAAUAAUAAUUUGCAACUCUGUUAUGAUGUCAUUUUGCAAGUGUUGUGAAUCUCAAAAGCAAUAACAACAAACAAGCCAAACUAAUCGGUAUAAACAUUUGCUUUUGUUUCUCUAUUCUUGGACACACAAACACGCAACCAUUACUCACUCUCCCAUGAAUUUAUGUCUCUCCUUCACAAACACACAUACACUUUCUAAUACUAACACAAUCACACACACACACGAUUCACAUUCACAUAUGCUCUCUCCGCCAUUGUUGUUGAUUUUGUUUUAUACCAACCAACCAAAGUGUAUAUUGCAGACCCGGAUCUGAUAUUGCCGCGCGGCGAAUUGGAAUUUACGACCCUGGAUCCAACGCUGAAGUAAUUGUAAAAAGUAAUAAUAAAUAUCUGCCAUAGUGGGCGAACACAACAAACUGAAAUAGACACAUCCUGCAUACAAAAUACACACACUUAUACACCCAUACACAUACAGACAAAUCGGCGGUGAGGCCUCAUCAUUCACGGGCAUUUCAUUUAACAUAGCUGUAAAUUUUUAGCAUAAAUUUAAAUGCAUUAGCGUAAAAGGUAGGACACAUUACCGUGUUACGCCGUAUUAAGUGCGUUGGAGGAUAAACAUACAUAUAUGUGUGUGUAGGUACAGGUACCGAUACGGAUUACGGAUAAGGAUAAGCCAUUUUGUAAUUGUCAGCCAUUUAAGUGUCAUACGAAUUGCGAACGCAGAAUCAAAAUAAAGCAGAAUCCAUAAGCAAAACAACGGCAACAUCAGCUGCGCUAUAAAUACGCUACAGACUUGUAACUGAAAUCAAAAUAUGAAACUUGUAAAUAGCAUUAAUACAAACAAAACAUCACACGCCACACUACAUUACACUAAAGAGAUCAUCGU